UGCCGUGGGGAAGCCGGAGUUGCGCUGACUUGCAUGCGCUUUGGAUCAAAAUACAGUACCUCCUGAAUGAACAAAUAUAAUAGGUCAAUAUUCCGGCUUGCAGCGAGAGCUCCGUGCUGGCGGCCCAGCCGCUUUCCCACUUCAGCCUGGGACGUAAGACCCUGCUGGGGGCUGGCGUGGCCGUCAUGUUGCUCUUAGUGCUGGUGGUCCUCAUUCCUAUUCUGGUUCAUCUGGCGGGCAGCAGUGAAAACGGAGGUCAGUACGAGAUGCUGGGCACUUGCCAAAUGGUCUGCGAUCCGUUCUUGGAAAAAACUGGCACUAUGGCUGGUAUCGGUACGGGCACAGCAAUCACUAAUACGCAGUUGGAAGCUGAGGCGCUGACUGAUCAUAGCAUGGGACCCCCAUUGCCCACUUACGCCCAUGGACCGCAGGGCAAACCCGGCCGCCAAGGAAAACCAGGGCUACCAGGACCUCCAGGACCACCUGGAGAGCCAGGUCCUCCAGGACCAAUGGGGCCACCGGGAAAUAAAAACCACACAGAACGACCGGACAUCUUUGCUCUGAGUGGAAGAACAGCUACUGGAAUGGGGACAGCUGUCUAUACCAUGGGACCCCGUGUGGCCUUUUACGCAGGUUUGCGAAACCCACAGGAGGGCUAUGAGGUUCUGAGGUUUGACGACAUAGUUACAAACAUUGGGAAUAACUACGAUGGAUCGACUGGGAAAUUUGUGUGCAAGGUUCCAGGGACGUACUUCUUCACAUACAAUGUCCUCAUGAGAGGAGGAGAUGGAACCAGUAUGUGGGCGGAUCUCCUGAAAAAUGGACAGGUGAGAGCCAGUGCCAUCGCUCAGGAUCAGGAUCAGAGUUAUGACUACGCCUCAAACACCGUCAUCCUGCACCUCGACCCCGGGGACGAGAUCUUCAUCAAGCUGGACGGUGGGAAAGCGCACGGCGGGAACAGCAACAAAUACAGCACUUUCACUGGCUUCAUUCUGUACAGUGACUAGAGGUCAAAAGGUCAUCGAGUUCAGUCUCAGUCUGUAGGUAAGAGAUGUUAGGGGGUCUUCAUUGAUUUAGGUUGUAAAUCUGAUGUUUAUAACACCCCUGACAUGUUUAGGAUUGCUUAUUUUUCUUUGUCAUUUCUGUUUUACCUCUACGGUUUUGUUUGCUGCAGGGUAUUUUCACCUGAAAUUCAACAGCUAUACACUCACAAGUGAGUCACAAAACACAAGAUAAUUUGUUUAAAGGGUCAAAUGAUUCAUUAUGCCCCCCUGAAGGGAAUGGCCCUAUAUGUUUUGUUGUAGUAGUCAUGUGGUUUUAAAGCCUGGAUCCAACGAGAACACAACAGGAAGUGGUUUUCGAUUCUUGAAUCUGCCCAAAAACCUUCAACAGACACACAUGAAAUCAACCAGAAUGAGAGAGCCGGGCUUCAGGGUUUCAUCAGAGUCAUAAUUGAUCGAAAGCCCAGUCAAGUGAGUGCUGAUAUUUCAUUAUGAUGUUGUCUUAGUGUGUAUGAUCAAUCUGUGAAUCUGCACUGAUGUUUAUCAGUGUCUCCGACAUAAUGUGAAGUGAAUGACCUUAAACGAUACCCUAAAAUCUUAAUGAGUGUAUGCCCCUGCCUUUGACUGCUGUAAAUUACACCUUGUCCCUGAGAGUCUGUUGUAAAUCAUAGUAGUUCAUCUGUUUGUGAUUGCUGUGUGGAUGUGGAAGUACUAACACAAAUAAAGCUAAGCUUUCAUUUCAGCUUAUAGCUAAAGCUAUACCCGUUCAUUGUUGUUUUUACCAAUGAAUUAUGAAGUAUGUGGCUUUCUUAGCUAAUAUUACCAUUAAAAUAAAUCUUAGCCCACUAAAAGUAACCACUUAACAAAGGAGAUCUAUAAUACAUUGUAACUGUAACAGUGAUACUGGUUUAUGAUGAUGACGACCACUAUCUUAAAUGAUGUCCUGCAUAUAUCGCAAUAGUCAUGACCUGUAAAAUGUGUCUAAAUAUCUAAAUGUAAC